CUCUGGCCCUGAGCUGGCUCAGAGUCCUCUGAUUGCUUCACCCCCAGCUCCUAUACCCAAAAUCUCCCCCGGUCUGAAGUCAAAGAUGGCACUUGUAAAAAGCUGGGUGGUGGGUCUUGUUCUGAUGUUGGUGCUUUGCCCGUCCCCGGCGCCCCUGUGUGGCCUGGCAGGGGCUCAGGAUCGCUUGGAUGUCAACAGGAGAGUUGAGAAGUUUGCAGUUGAAGGUGGUGAUGGUGCUGGGGAAGAGGAGGAAUCAGAUUAUGGGGCUGAAACUAAAGAAGAGACUGCAGAAGAGGAGGUUGAGAUAGAGGAGGAAGAAACCACUGAAGAAGAAGAGAUAGAGGAGGAGGAAACCACUGAAGAAGAAGAGAUAGAGGAGGAGGAAGACCCCACUGUGGAAGAGGCGACUGUAGAGGAAGAAACCGCUGAUGACGAGACUAAGGACGGGGAGUCUGACGAAGAGGCCGAUGAGACUGAGGCUGAGGAACCCGAAGAAGGAGAAGAUGACAAUGAGGAGGAGGCGGCAGAAUCAGUAGACGAACUGAUGCAAGCUGUUGAGGAAGAUGAAACAGAAGCAGAAUCAGGAGAAGAGACGCAGGAGGAGGAGCAAGCUGCUGAGGAUGAGGAUAUGGAUAAAGAGCAGGGCCCUGACAGGGCUGAGGAAGAAGAGGAGAAUGAUGAAGAUGAAGACGACAACUCGGCGGAAACCGCCUCACGACACUUCCAUUCAGGCUCUUUGUGUAGCGUUUGCUCCAUCUGCGAGCACUGCGCCAGCGAGUGUGACAAGUGUCCAUGCGAGGAGGGCGAUGACUCGUCUCACUGUGAGGGCUGUCAAAAAUGCUCCCCGUGCUACCUCUGCCCUAUACUGUGUGACACCAUUUGCACACCAGGUGGUCUUGUUGACGAGCUUACCGCCUCCAUCUUUCAGACUGUGGCCUCUUUACUUUAAACAGACUUUUGAUCGUUGACUGGGACAUAUUGCGUCCCCCGUGGUGAGGUCAGGUACAUGUUGGUCAGAAUGGGAGCGGUCCAGCUACACACGCCCCUGAUUGUGCAACAGCAGCAUGGAAUUCCAGCACAAGGUCAUGAAAUUGCACAUUUUUGUAUGUAAAUGAAAAAAAUUAAACUACCUAUUGGCCAUUUUCAUUGCCACUGGCUUAAUCCGAUAUUUACAUGUGGAUUGUGUCUCUGCUUUUUGAAAUAUUUAGAAGUUUUAUUUUAAAAUCAGUGUUAAUUACUCUUGAAAGACAGGCGUUUGCCUCAUAUGUCAAUGCAAAAUAAAAUAUAUUUGCUGUUGAUGCUACUUUAAACACGAGAUCUAGUGCAAUGGACAUUAUUAUGAAUGUCACAUAUACUUCUUCAUAUUUGUGUGACAGGUCGAUUUUUAUAUAUAUUUUCUUAUAUUUAUUACAUUUUCCUGAUGCACUGCUGUGUCCCAUUUACAGUGAAAUAGUACAACAAAUCUCAAUGAAAAUUGUUAAUUACAAAGGUCUACAAAACUUGAUGAAGUUGCAGAAACAAGAAUGAAAACCAUUCUGUUUAGCUAAUUUGAGGUCGCUGAUAUCAAAAAUGAUAUUGGGUUUGUCGUAACGGGUCACAUUUUUUCAGAAAUGUGAUCUUAUUUUUUUACUGUUGCACGCUGAAAUGCAUAAAUUCAUGCGAAGCCUUGAAGACAAAAGCAGAUGCUAAGUGAUGAACAUGGCAUAAAUCAUGCACAGAGGAGGAAAUAAAAUGACUUAGAACAUAAUUUUAUGGCAACAGCUUCCUUCUUUUAGAUUGACGGGAGUGUUCAGCAUCCGAAGAUUCACAUAUUAAAGUCCAGCAGUAGUCUGCUAUCAUAUUGACAUUCCAUCUUCCAUCAUACCUUUUUUCCAGCUUGCUUUAUGAUAACUGCACUAAGACUGCCAAGAGAAGUGAAGCUCCACAACAUAGAAAACCACUCCUGCUUCUAGUGAAAUGAACCAGUGAGCCAAUGCAAAUUGAGCACUUUCAGCGAGAGUCUGGCUUCCACAGCUACAAAACUAGCCUACUUAAGGCAGAUUAGAAAUUGGUUUGUUUCGCUUUCUGUGUAUUCUAUAUGGCAUUUUUAAGCUUUUUAGGGGGGAGUGAGAAUAAGAUAACCAAAAAUGAAGGCUGAUACAAAAAAACAGACAUCAGGCUCUAAAUCAGUGUCCCAAAAUUAGCCAAGGGGAGUGAGCAUCUUCUUUGUUUGAAAAACUGUGUAGACCAGUGUUAUACUAUAUACAGUGUUAUACUAUGAAAUACUACUUCAUGUCUGUCUUGCCGCCUUUGUGUCCUAUUUUCAUUAGACACUUCUUCCAUAUUGGAAAGCCUGCGAUGUUUCAUCCAUGCUAUAAAAGCCAAAGUGAGUCCAUACUUUUGAUUUUAACUAUGCAAGCUGAUCUUUCCAUUUAACAUCACCACGGUUUAUUUGUUUCUUCUUCUUUCAUUUCUUCUUCCUUUGUGGUUCCUGACCUAUUUUCUGCUGUUCUGUCGAGGAGCUCCUCCUAGAUGACAUUUAAAUGGUGACUCGAACAGAGCUUGAAAUUUAUAGCGACUAUGUUUUCAUAAUAAAAACAAAAAAAACAAGGCGAGAGCGUAUCGAUAAUCCGUAGGGUUUAAUAUCGCUAUAGGUUGAGAUAAAG